AAGCAAGUACCGUACCUAACCAAACCACUGCCCACUGGAGCCGCCUCAAAAGCUCUCGCACUUCCAUCACUGACCGGAAAAACGAAUCCCAAACACUAACAAAAAGUCGAGCCCUGGUUCUCCACUCUUCGAGCCACCAUGGAUUCUCACAUCUAUGGUGUCUCUAAGCUUCUCAUUCUCCUCCUCUCUCUCUCCCUCACUACCGCCAUUACCAGCAGAUCAUUCUCUUCUACUUCUGGUGCGGGCCAAAUCAACUCUAACUCGGUCCUUGUCGCUCUUCUUGACUCGCACUAUACCGAGUUGGCUGAACUCGUUGAGAAGGCUCUGCUUCUACAAACUCUCGAAGAAGCUGUUGGGAAGCACAAUAUUACCAUUUUUGCCCCGAGAAAUGAAGCACUGGAGCGACAACUCGACCCGGAAUUCAAGCGGUUCUUGCUGGAGCCUGGUAAUUUGAAGUCUCUCCAGACUCUCUUGAUGUUCCACAUUAUCCCCAAACGGAUUGGAGACCGCGAAUGGCCCGCUCAGAAAUCUGGGUCGGUGAAGCAUGACACUCUCUGGAACGAUAAUCUUCACUUGACGACUACUAAGGGUUCGCAAAAGAAAUAUGUUGACUCAGCGGAGAUAGUCCGACCAGACGACGUGAUCCGACCCGACGGCGUCAUCCACGGUAUCGAACGCUUGUUGAUUCCGCAAUCUGUACAGCAAGACUUCAAUCGGAGGAGAAGCUUGAGAGCCAUAUCCGCCGUGCUACCGGAGGGUGCGCCGGAAGUGGAUCCCAGAACACACCGUUUGAAGAAACCGGCAGCUGUACCGGUUGGUUCGCCGCCGGUUCUUCCGAUUUACGAUGCGAUGGCUCCAGGUCCAUCCCUAGCUCCCGCACCAGCUCCGGGGCCCGGCGGCCCACACCAUCACUUCGACGGCGAGAGCCAGGUCAAGGACUUCAUCCAAACACUGCUACAUUACGGUGGCUACAACGAAAUGGCCGAUAUUCUGGUUAACCUAACCUCGCUAGCCACCGAAAUGGGGAAAUUAGUCUCCGAAGGUUAUGUGAUAACAGUCCUGGCACCAAACGAUGAGGCCAUGGCGAAACUAACAGUAGAUCAAUUGAGCGAACCGGGGGCGGUGGAGCAGAUUAUAUACUACCACAUAAUACCGGAAUACCAGACCGAAGAGAGUAUGUACAAUGCAGUUCGGAGAUUCGGGAAGAUACGGUACGAUACACUGCGGUUACCGCACAAAGUAGAGGCCCAAGAGGCUGACGGGUCUGUCAAAUUUGGAGCGGGAGACGGAUCGGCCUAUUUGUUCGACCCGGAUAUUUACACUGAUGGGCGGAUUUCAGUUCAGGGAGUCGAUGGGGUUUUGUUCCCAGAGGAGGUGAAGGAUACUACGGAAAAGAAACCGGCUGCCGCUGUGAAGAAGGUUGUUGCCAAACCCAGAAGAGGGAAGUUGCUGGAAGUAGCAUGUAGAGUGUUUGGAGCUUUUGGACAGUUCAAUUCAUGUCAAUAAAAAUACACUAGCAAAAAUCACAGAGAAGAAGGUGACACCAAAUAAACAAUGGAAGAAAUGUUGUAGGAAGAGCUUCUGUGUAAUACAAACUGAAGGCAGCUUCCCCUGUUUUGCAUGAUAACUCAAAAGUUCAUGUUUAUUUUGUUAUAAAUACUGUAAUUACAUGUGAUUUUUUCAAUUAUUUUAUGUAUGAUUCACUGCUUGAAUGACCUUAGGAAAAAAAUAACAUGAUUUGCCAUCAUGGAUUAUGUUAUUUUUCUGCGUCUGUGCGUCCAAUUCUUGUGAAUCAAAUUUAAACAAUAUUCUUUUUUA